AGUCGCGAGGGGCGGUUCUCUCGACCAAUCGGCUCCUGGAGGCGGAGCCUCGCAGCAUCCAUUGGCUCGAAAGGCUCCAUUCCGCUUCUAGGGGAUCGAAAAAAGUAAAAAGCGAGCGAAAUGUUCACACCUCGGUGGUGGUGCGGCAGUAGUGAUAGUGAGUCGCGAGUGACAGAACGAUACGCCUGACAAGUGAACGGUAGUGUGAAAAACAUCGAUCCGCCGGCGACCGCACCUCCAGCCUGCUCGAGCAGCUCACCUCUGCUCUCAACGCUCUACAAGGUGACCGGAGGAUAGACUAGGAUGGACUGAGGAUGCAGCCUUACACCGUCACUCCUACCACAUCGGAUUGCGCAUACACUGCUUCCGCCACCACUUCCUGGUUGCGCUCGCACACCCAUGUUUCUCAAAUGAAUACCAUUGAUGCUUGUAUCAGUCAGACCAGCAAGCAAGGGGAGCUAUCCGCAGAAAAACCAUCCGGUGAUAACACCUCACACCCGAGACUGGCUUCGGUCACCUCUACUCUUGAGAUGAAAUCUUUGUGGGAGGAGUUCAAUAUGCUUGGCACAGAGAUGAUUGUUACUAAAGCUGGAAGGAGGAUGUUCCCUACCUUCCAAGCCCGACUGUACGGACUGGAGCCUACUGCAGAAUACAUGCUCAUGAUGGAUUUUGUUCCUGUUGAUGAUAAGCGAUAUAGAUACGCGUUCCACAGUUCAACCUGGGUGGUUGCUGGCAAAGCCGACCCCAUCUCCCCACCCAGAGUCCACGUACACCCAGACUCUCCGGCUACUGGUGCCCAGUGGACCAAACAGAUCAUCUCCUUCGACAAACUCAAGCUGACAAAUAACCAGCUAGACGACAAUGGACAUAUAAUUCUCAAUUCUAUGCACAAAUACCAACCGAGAUUUCAUGUGAUAUACGUCCCAGGCAAGGAAGAGCCAGGUAUUCCUCCUAACUGUCAGAACUUUAAAACCUUCAUCUUCCCCGAGACCAGGUUCACAGCCGUCACUGCGUACCAGAACCAGAGGAUAACCCAGCUGAAGAUAGCCAGCAACCCAUUUGCCAAGGGAUUCAGGGACUGUGAUCAGGAGGACUGCGGACCAGAAGCGAUGACACAGCUGCAGGCUCGAUCACAACUGCGGAAGGCGAGUCCUCAGGCUCCACAGGCUGCCAAGGACGGAACGUUGCCGAUAAGUUCCUCCGAUAGCGGAUGUUCCUCUCCAGUAAGGGCCACUUACCCAGUGCCCGGCAGCCCUUCCUAUGCCCAACCUUACCUGGCCGACUACGGGUCGGUGUAUCACCACUUACAAGGGUACGCGGCAGGCUAUGUGCCCGUCCAAAGCCUACCCAAAGUAAACCACGGAGGCACCGUGAUACCUUCCGUAGAAUACAGCCCUCACACGUACCAGACCGGAGGCCUGUAUCAGCACUCCUCUCCACUAUCGUCUAGCAGCAAUCCACAAACAUCAACACUGACCGUUUUCUAUCACGACUACACUCCCAGGUAGCAGCCCUCACACGUACCAGACCGGAGGCCUGUAUCAGCACUCCUCUCCACUAUCGUCUAGCAGCAAUCCACAAACAUCAACACUGACCGUUUUCUAUCACGACUACACUCCCAGGUAGCAGCCCUCACACGUACCAGACCGGAGGCCUGUAUCAGCACUCCUCUCCACUAUCGUCUAGCAGCAAUCCACAAACAUCAACACUGACCGUUUUCUAUCACGACUACACUCCCAGGUAGCAGCCCUCACACGUACCAGACCGGAGGCCUGUAUCAGCACUCCUCUCCACUAUCGUCUAGCAGCAAUCCACAAACAUCAACACUGACCGUUUUCUAUCACGACUACACUCCCAGGUAGCAGCCCUCACACGUACCAGACCGGAGGCCUGUAUCAGCACUCCUCUCCACUAUCGUCUAGCAGCAAUCCACAAACAUCAACACUGACCGUUUUCUAUCACGACUACACUCCCAGGUAGCAGCCCUCAGUCCACAUAAGUCCUCACAAUCAACAAACGGAUUCCCAUCUUCUCUUCUUAUCCGUCUCUUAUGAUCAGCCAGUGUACAACACGUUUGCACAAGCAAAGUAUGUGUAAUUGUGCUUCUAACAAACAAUAUGUCCGUAUGUAAAGGAGUUCAUACGGACUGUUCAGAUCCCUAUAGGGGUGUUAUAGGCGUGUUAUAUAUAACACGCUCGGUCUACAACAAUUGAGCUGUCUACAAUCAUGUUUCCAACGAGUACUUCUGUACCUUUAACAAGAAGUCUGGGCAUAACAAACAGGUGUGUAGCUGUGUUCAAUUCUAUCAUAACAACAAUUUAUUUAUUUAUUAUCUACCCGAUAUCAUUUUGAUGUAUGCAGAAUUAUGUAUACCUAGUAUUAUGUACUAUCUCCAAAAAGCAAAACUUCAAAUUUACUGUUGUUUACAAGGAAUAUAAACAAUUAUAUCUCCAUAUACUCAAAGUGGAAUCUGCCUACAAUCUUCACUCAAUCGUAUCUCCAGUCAGCAUGUAUUCAACGAAGAAUCAGCCAAUAAUCUUGUUUGUGACAAGCAACCUUGAGGCACGGAACAUGCUGUUAGCUUCCAAUCUUGCUUCAUCCUUCACUCAUCUGUACCUCCAGUCAGCAUGUAUUCAACGAAGAAUCAGCCAAUAAUCUUGUUUGUGACAAGCAACCUUGAGGCACGGAACAUGCUGUUAGCUUCCAAUCUUGAUUCAUCCUUCACUCAUCUGUACCUCCAAUGAGUUGUAUUUCAUUGUGGAGUCCGCAUUCUAAAAACAUCCUUGGACUGGCAGCGGUUAUUGUUUUGGAAAUUGUAACAACCACGCAUGAACGAAUCUCGAAAUUGUACCAGGUUUUACAGUCUAUAAUUAGUUAAUCUCUCUCCUCAUUUUUUUAGACUGGCAAACAUAUCCUGAAUUGUAAAAGUAUAUAAUGUAUAUUAAUAAUCUUUCCUCCAAAAAAAUGUUACCCCAUUGCUUUUUCCAUUAGUUUUAAAUAUUUUCCAAGAUGUUUAGUUGUUAUAAGUAAUGUUGUAAAUAGUUUAAAAUUAAUAAAAGAGUGAAACCAC